AUGCGCAGAAAGGAUGGGUUUAUGCGCAGCGGGGCCGGGCCGGGGCUGGCUGCAGCCCGAGGCGGUGCCAGGCACCGGCAGCACUGCAGCCCCCAGGGGCGCUGCGCGGAGCGGGCGGAGCGCGGGAGGGAGGGGCGGGGAGGGGCUGGCCGCGGGGGCGGGAGCGGGUGGGGCGCGAGGCGCUCCGCAGCCAAUGGGAGGCUGCGCUCGGCCCUUGACCAAUCAGCGCGGGGGGCGUGGUCGGCGGCCCCGUUGGAGAGUGCUGCGGAGGAAGCAGCCGGAGAGGGGCGCUGGGAGCUGGCAGCGGAGCGGGACCGGAGCGGCUGCGAGCGCAGAGCCGGGGCAGGGCGAAGCUCGGAGCCUCUCAGCCCCACAGCCGCCAGUGAGGCAGGGGAGCAAAGCAGGAGCCUGCAGCACCGAGAGGCGGCGGCGAGCGAGGCUCUUGAGACGCCUGGCAGCGGCUCCGGGGGCAGAGCCGGCCCGGCCCAGGCGAGCCUCGCCACGGCCCUCGGCGGCUGCCGUCCGACUCCGUCCCGCCGGCGGGAGCCGCCCCGAGCCCUGCAGGCGUCCGGCCGCGGUGCUCGGCGACGGUGGCUGCCGGUGGAGCCCAGCGGCAGCGAGACGCCAGCGGCGGCAGCCUGCAUCGCCUCUGCUUCUCCCAGCCGGCAGAGGGUCCAAGGUGAACGUUGCAGGCUGAGCAGCACAGCCCAGGAGCAAGCCAGGAGCACUGCAGCCCUUCAUAAAGACCUGCAAGCUGCUGCCUCGUGCCUGUGGAUGCCUUGGCCAGAAGGUGCAGCUCCAUACUGCAGCGAGCAGACCUCCCAAGAUGAACGUCCAGGACUCAGAAGGGACUCACUGCCAGUGCCCAGAGCCGGAGGACCUGGCCUCGAUGGCAAGCUGCAGGGAGGCAUUCCUGGCUGGAGCGUGGCAAAGAGAGUUGGCCGUGGGCAGGCACAAGGUAGCAGGCCUGGCUGUGUGCUGCUCUCCAGCAGUGCCCCUGAGUGGAAGCGGAGCUGAGCCCAGCUCUGCUGUGCCCCCGUGCAGGGAGCUGCCUGCGAGCAGAGCCAGGCCUGGCACUGGAGCUUGCAAGGUGCUUCUGCACAUCAGCCCCUGGGCUUCCAGAGCUGCACAGGGCCUGGCAGGUGCAGGCUGCCUGCAGUGCCCCUGGGAGGGCAGGAAGGCUUUUCUGCCUGCCUUCAGGGAAAGCUGAGGCCCUGCGUGUGGGGUGUGGUGCUGGGGGCAGUGCUGGCUGCUGCCACUGACUGCUGGCCCAUGGAGCACGGCACAGCUGUGCUGCCUGCAUGGGCACAUGGCAAAGGCCAACUGCUGCCUGCAGGUUGGAGGUGCUUCUGGAUGAGGCAGAGCUGAGGCCAGGGAUGGGGAGAGAGAGUGAAUGGCAGCUGAGUGUGCGUGAGAGGGAGAAGCAGCAGGAUGCAGAGUGGGAGAGAAAGAAGGCAAAAGAAAAAGCACAACAAAAGCUCUGCCAGAAGACUGCUCUGGUUUGGCACAGCCCUGGCCAGUCUGUGCCACCUGAUCAGCAGGCCCUGUGCUGGCUCUGGCCUCUGCUCCAGCCUCACCUUCUUCUGCAGAGCCACAGCAGAGUGGAGUAGGAAGGGAGAGGAACCUCCCUCGCUCUGCUGGGCCCCCUGCAGGUUUGAGCAAGGAGAGGAGUGAGAGGCAGCAGCACCUGGCCUGCUGGGGACUCCAUGUCCCUCUCCCCACUGCUAAUGAAGCACAAGGCUGAGAUCUUCCCCACUCUGCUGCUUGGGCCACGGAGAAGCAGUCGCAGGCUGCUGGCCUCAGCUGAGCUGCAGCAGCUGCAGGAGGCAGGGUGAGAGCAGGGGCUGAGGCCAAGCAAGUAAGGCUCAGCUCUGGAGCUGCUCCUGAGUGCCCCAGGGGUGGAGGAACCUUUGCAUCUACUCUGCCUUGCAGUGGCUUCUGCUGCUGGGCACUGAGCCCAGAGGAGGCAGGGCAGGGCUGUGCCACAGCAACAAAAGGUUACUCUGGAGAGCUGGAGGGUUUAAUUGGGAGAGUGGGAAGCAUUCAGCCUGGGCCUGGGCUGCAGCCCCCAAGGGGCAGAGCGGAUGAGGGUGAGGCUGGCCCAGGCUCAGGAAGCUGCCAGGGCAGGGUCAGGAGAAGCUGCAGGCAGCAGCAGACAUUUUGCACUGAGCUGAGCUGCAGGACUGGAUGAAAAAGCUGAAAGCUGAGCUUUGUGCUGGCCUAGGCAGCGGUGGGGAGCAGCGGGAGGGAAGCUGCUGGGGGCACAGCAGGGCUGCUGCAGAGGCUGAGGUGGGGCAGGGGCAGGCGGCAGCAGAGUGCCCGGAG